AUGGGUUUACUUACGGAUCCUCGAGCCGGAACCGGCAAAAUAAUCAAAUUAUUAUUAAAAUGGGAGAAAUUUCUGUGCUUUGUAUUGUACGUAGGAGGAGUCGUAUGGUUAAUGUUGUUGGCAUUACCGGCGUUCAAUGACAAUACCUAUUUUUCCGAGAAUGCUCUGCUACCUGGGCUGGUUACAAAAGAGAGCAACCUGGAACAAACGUCAAAACAGUACUACCACGAACUAAUUCACGAAAUGAAAAGAUAUCCGGAUAGCACGCCUUACGCUUGGCUCUCGGCGAAAUUCAGUCAGCUUCACUUGGACGUAUUCGUUCACAAUUUUUCUCUGAUCUAUCCAUUUCAGAAACAGAAGUUUGCAGGGCAAAAUAUUUACGGCAUUGUUAGAGCUCCACGAGCAUCCAGUACCGAAGCAAUUGUAGUCAGCGUACCAUAUAGACCCAUCAAUAGCAUUUAUUUAGAUACCGCACCUUCCAUAGCUCUGUUACUUGCCUUUGCAAAGUUUUGCAGAAAGCAAAAAUAUUGGGCAAAGGAUAUAAUAUUCCUUGUAACGGAGCAUGAGCAGUUGGGCAUGCAAGCAUGGCUAGAUGCGUAUCAUGGUGUUACUAGUGGUCAGGAUGGAAUUUUGAUACCAGGAGACUUAUCGGGAAGGGCUGGCUCUAUUCAAGCUGCUAUCAAUCUCGAGUUUCAUGCAAUGAAGAUUACAUCGAUCGACGUCAAAAUAGAAGGACUAAAUGGGCAGCUACCUAAUCUAGAUCUCUUUAACUUGGCACAAAAUAUGAUAGCUAAAGAAGGAAUCCGACAGUCCUUUCAACGUCGAUUCGAUGUCAACUACAGGGAUAAAUUUAAGAGUUGGUGGUAUCAUUUUAACACGUUGAUGAGUAUGGUAGCGACACAGGCCACUGGGGUGCCAACUGGCAAUCAUGGACUCUUUCAUAGGUUUGGUAUUGAGGCCAUUACGUUGGAAGGUUUCAAAAAGUCUGGAAAAGAGACAGAGGCAAAUUUUUAUCAAGUGGGACGCAUAGUGGAGAGUAUAGUGAGAUCACUUAAUAAUUUAUUAGAGCGUUUUCAUCAGUCGUAUUUUUUCUAUUUAUUACCUUCCACCGAUCGAUAUAUUUCUAUUGGUUUAUACAUGCGGCCUUUGGUACUAAUAAUCGCUAGUGUAUUCAUAAAGGCAUUUUCCAUUUGGCAAAGAUUACAAACACCAAAUAGUUCCAAUGAAACGACGAAGAAUAAACAAGAUUCAUCAAAUAAGAUUGAAGAGUUUGACAUCGGAAGUAUCGCUUCCGAAGUGCUGUGGGCUCACAUAUUUGGAGUAUUAAUAAUGGCCUGUCCUCGAUCUUUUACCUCAAUUGGAUCACACAUGUUCAAUCUACGUACAGAAGAUUCACUAUAUAUCAGUUUCAUUCUAAUCACGAUUCUGACGUUGUUAUGGCGCUUUAAUUUAAGAAGGUCGAUUAAAUACGAAAAUAUAUCACUCGUCUGUGUCAUUGCACUGAUCGAGCUAGCUACCGCGUUAAUGUGCAUAGCCAUGCAUAAUUUUUCAUUGGCUUUAGUAACAGCCGUUGUGUAUGUGCCCAUUAUAUUGUUGAUAACGCCGCAUCACGAGUCUGCAUCUAGAUUUCGCUAUAGUCAGUAUAUCGCGUGGAUUAUGCUGCAUCCGUUUAUCUCGUCGGCGAUCGUUGUGAUGGGCUAUACAUAUCUUAAUUUCCCCGCCGACCCCGUGCCAUCUUUGCUACUCAGAGGCUACCGCGCCAAUAAGCAGGCGCUCGUAUUCAGUAUUGUAGAUUCCAUGAUAUAUGGCAAUUGGUUUUACAACGUCGCCAGUGCCAUUAUGCUACCGAUAUGGCUAUUGUUUUGGAACGUUAUGCGCUCUAGCACUGCAGUACCCUCGCGAUAAAACAAUUGUGUAACUCACGCUCAAACGGCUCGAUUUUUUCUCACGAGGAACUGACCGUAACAGUCUGGAACCGAUUCUCUUUAAUUUAUGAAAAAGCAUUGUUAAACACAAGAAUUUAAGACGCGUAUUUUUUUUUAUCGGCCCAAUUUGAGAUUCGAGGAGUGAAACAAUCGAUGGUAUCGCUUAUAUUUGAUUCGAUCGAGCAGUUAUCAACUAAACGAUAAGAUAUGUAAAAUAUUUUUGACAAAACUUUAUGAUUUAUUUUAUGUACUUUACAACUAAUGUAGAUUUUUUCAAAAUUCAAUAUUUUUUAAAAACAUAUUUUCUUUCUUCUACAGUUUUAAGGAGUCAUGUCUCUCAUUAAAUCUUAACUUUUCUGCAAUAUUGCUGAAACGUUAACAUUAUAUUCGGUAUUGUAUGGAAUCGAAUUUGUUUCGGACAGUUGUGGCUGUUUCCUUGUCAAAUGAUAUUUGCAACGUAAAUUCUUCCCAUAGCCAUCGAUUUAACUCGUUGAUAAGUAUCUGAGAAAAGUUGUUUGUUCUCUCUCGGCAGGCAAAGUGGGAGAAGCGCAUUUCGAAAGGAGUCCUCGACUUAUUUUCUCAUGAGGUUACAUCUUUGUCAAUAAUACGUCAUUCGGUAGAUAUAGUAUAUCUUCCGAUGAUAACCCUCGCGAUAUUCUUCCUGAGGAUCCGUUUGAUUAGUCUAGCGCGUGCGACGAGCGUGGUAACAUUGGACGAGUGCGUGAGUUCGUUCUAGAGUUCAAGUAUCUAUGCGUUAAAAGGCAGAAUAUAACGGUAUGUACACAUUUUUUUCUACAAGCAUCAAUACGCCGGCAUACAUCGACGACACGCUACGUAUCGUUCAAUUGUGAAUGAUCUUGACGGAACAUUGGGUACACAGUUAAAAAAUUUGUGUUAGAUUUAAUACAUUUUUUUAUAUUAUAUUUCAAACGCUCCACUCAAAUUGUUCUAUUGAUUUAAAUUUAACGCAGGAAUAUGUUGGUAAGCAACACGUAUUAUGUAAAAAAGUAACAUUUUGAUAUAAUUUAGAAAUAAAUUGUGAAAACAUUUCUUUAGUAAAAUUAACAGUUAUGAUAUAUCGAUUCGUACAUUUUAUUUGUUUUUAUUUUAGAAUUUAGUUUUAAAUGAUACAUUUGAUUUAAUCGUAAAUUUUGUUAUUUUAAUAAGGAUCGGUUUUAACAUAAAUACAAAAUUUGUUCUAUCGUGUAUCGGUUACUAUCGAACGUCACACGUUACUUCAUCUAAUCGUUCCUGACGUUGUACAAAUGUCGCAAUAAGUACGAUCAGACGCAAUCGCGACCUCCUCGAGCUUCGCGUGUUUGUGUCCGUUCGAUGAAAGUCAUAUUUAAGCGGUUUUUUUAGCUCGGUUUUUUUUUUUUUGAACGGUUCUCGUUACACUUCGUAGAGAUACGCCGGAUACGCGUUUGUAUCGGUUAUUUUAUAACAUUGCGACACAUUUACAUAAACAUAUGUAAUUUAUUACGUGAGAAUUACAUAUUACAUUCUUAAUAUUUGUUUUAUAUGCGUAAUAUGCAUUUGAAAAACAUCCAAACGCCUAACGGUAGCAAUAUAUAAUACAUAAGUACUAUAUAUUUUUUAACAGUAUUAUAACCAAGUUUUCCUUUUCAUGCAAAUUUUAAAUAAAAUGUUUGUUUAUUGCACAUACAAAAUUUUUCUCAGAAAAAACUUUUACUUUAAAAAUUUUUCGAUAUUUAUGUAGUCCUACGUACGAUUUUAAGAGAAAAUUUUAAGAGACAAUUUUCCCCGUGUGUGCUCGUUUCUUAAAUUGCUAUCGAAUAUUCCAUCAGUCAUAUUACAAUUUAUAAAAGGCAUUUUUAAUAAUAAAAUUUAUUUGCAAUUAAUAGAAAAAUAAAAACAUUUAUGUAAUUUUUUUAUGCCUAAUUCAUUAAAAAUCUGUCUUUUGUGAACUCGAUGUAUCGCUUACAAUUUGUUUAGGAAAGUACGAUAUAAAGUACGAUAUAAUUGCUUAAAAUAACAUUCUUUCUCGCUAUUAUAUUUACAUUCUAUAAAUCGUACAACACGUAUCUCGAACGCAAACAAAUCGAACAUAAAUAAGUGCAAUGAGACGUACAUUUUAUCAUGAUUUUAGUGGUAGUUCAAAUGCAUCUUAAAUUUUGACUUUAUCGCGACACGCGUAUGUAUGAAUGAGAUAAAAAUAUAGGAAGUGCAAUGCACUGAAAAUUGAAAACAAUCUUUCGUGCUCGCCUCGCGAGCAACAUUUUAUACAUAUAUCUCUCAACAUUCCACGUGAAAUCAGAUAGUAAAUAUUACUCACUUUACACAUGAUUUAUGAUUCUUAUCCGAUCUGGAUGAAAUUCUAUUCGUAAUUUUAUAUGAUUUUGACAUACGCAUUUUAAUGAAAUACAUAUGUUUUUAAUGUU